AUGACAUCGACAUUACGAAAAAUGAAUGAAUCAUCUGAAACUGGUGAAGCACAUCAAGAAAUGAUAUAUCCGUUCCGUUUUGGCACUUCCAAUAAACUUAUUUAUCUUACGCAAGAGCAACUUGAUCGUAUUCCUUAUUUAUCUGCUCUCGUAGCGCAUAAAAAUGAUUUUUCAUCAAUUGAAAACGAAAAUGGUGAAUAUGUAUUGAGUUCUCGAAUUCGUUAUACUUGGUUUACGGCUAUUCUUCGUUCAAUUACUACCGAACAGCCAUCUGCUUUGUUUACUGAACUACCAGAAGAUGUAAAUGUGUUGGCCAUGCUUCAGUUAUAUGAUUAUCUUUGUAUAAAUCCUCUAUCUGUUCCUCUUUUGAAAGGCAUAUAUUUAGCUCGAUCAAAUUCGAUCGCUAUUAACGAUGGAAGCAAACGUGUCAAAUAUCACCCUGCAACUGUUUUGGAAGCUCGUGAUACGGCUGUUCAGCUCAUUAUAGCACUGACCAAAAAUGAAUACGAUUUAGAUGAUGUCGAAACAAUCCAAGAUAUCUUCUCUCUAGUCAUGAUUAUUCUGUCCCAUUGUCAUGUUUUCGGUCGACGAGUGUGCCAUCAUACGUUAACAGUGGUGAAAAAGUAUUGUUUUGCGUUUUUUUCUCUGAAACAACAAUGUCACCUCUGGAAUACCCUACAAUCCAUUCAAGAUAAUAAAAAUAAAUCUGAUAAUAAUCAAUCUCUUCCUGAUAACUUCUCAAAUGCCUUUGCUUGGAAAGGUGUUUAUGUGCCGAUCAACGAAAAAGAUACUGCUAUUCGACGCUCGGACUAUGACAAGUUAACAGAUCAUUCAAACAAUCAUCUAUUCAACUUUUGGGAAUACAUGAAUAGCUUGCCGAGAUAUUUUGAUAUGAUUUCGCUAGACAUCCCAUCUAUAUAUGACAGGUUGUACUACUUCGAUUCGUCACCAUUAGUACGUUACACAUAAAGCUUGUUCUUGAAUUUUCCUUUUCCAAUUUUUCAUCUUAGAAAUAUCGAUUUCAGCUGGAAAAAGAAGUUUCCAAGCGUCGAGAGGAAUGUAAUCUGUGGUUAACUCUUCGUCCGUCAAUGGGUGAAUCUAAUCUGUAUCAUUUACUGCCCGUUUUACGAACGCAAGCAUCAUUGAUCAUUGACAAUCCCGAUGACAAAGAAUUACACAUAUAUCAAAUCAAACAAGAACAAAAGAAAAACGAAGCACAAUCAGCUCGAUUAGGACGUUUUAAUACAUUAUCUAAACGACCGAAAGUCGACAGAUUUAAGCAUCGAUGUGGUCCAAAAGCCCGAAAACAUCGAUGAAAACUCUUUUUGAGAAACAAUUCAUUCCUUACUAGAUAAAUAUGAUAAUCAUGAGAAACUUUUUUGUUGUUGUAUUUGUGCUCGAUGUAUAUUUAAAAAGCAUUUGCCAAAUAAAGCAACUCAAAUUAUUUACUAUCUCCACAUAUGAUGUGCGACUGAAGAGAAUGAGGGUGUGGGUGUGGGUGUAGGUGUGUGUGGGUGUGGUGUGUGGGUGUGGGUGUGGGUGUGUGGGUGUGGGUGUGGGUGUGUGGGUGUGGGUGUGGGUGGGUGUGGGUGGGUGUGUGGGUGUGGGUGUUGGUCUCUGUAUUAUUUUUGUCAUCAACGACACCCACACCCACACCCACACCCCACACCCACACCCCACACACCCACACCCACACUCACACCCCACACACCCACACCCACACCCACACCCACACCCACACCCA